GUUGAGAGAAAGGUGCGUAUCAUAGGAAUGAGGCCAUUUCCAUUUCCAUUUUUUUCAUUCAAUUGAUUGAUUGUUUCUUAUUCUCAAGAAACAAAGAAAUGUCACGAGAAACCGUGUACGUGCAGCAGUGUAAGGGCGUUAAUGGCCUGGACAAGAUCAUUCUCAGGGAAGUUCGUGGUUUCUCUUGCGAGGUGUAUCUUUAUGGGGGUCAGAUUACAUCUUGGAAGAAUGAACUUGGGGAAGAAUUGCUCUUUGUCAGUGGUAAGGCUAAUUUUAAGCCACCGAAAUCUAUACGUGGAGGCAUUCCGAUAUGCUUUCCUCAAUUUUCAAAUAUGGGCUCUCUUGAACAACAUGGAUUUGCAAGGAACAGGUUAUGGACCUUAGAUCCUAAUCCCCCACCAUUUCCAACAAAUAGCACCAGCAGAGCUUUCAUUGAUUUGAUUCUUACGAACUCUGAAGAAGAUACAAAGAAUUGGCCUCACAGAUUUGAGUUUCGCCUGAGGAUAGCGCUGGGACCUGGAGGAGAUUUGAUGAUGACAUCUCGCAUUCGAAAUACAAAUACAGAUGGGAAAUCCUUUACCUUCACAUUUGCCUAUCAUACAUACUUCUACGUUACUGACAUCAGUGAAGUUCGGGUAGAAGGACUAGAGACACUGGAUUAUCUGGACAACUUGAAGAAUAGAGAGAGAUCUACUGAACAAGGGGAUGCUAUUACAUUUGAGUCUGAGGUGGACAAAACAUAUGUAAGUACGCCCACAAAAAUUGCUAUCAUAGACCAUGAAAGGAAGAGAACUUUUGUAUUGCGGAAAGAUGGGCUUCCUGAUGCUGUGGUAUGGAACCCGUGGGACAAGAAAGCAAAGACUAUAUCUGAUUUGGGGGAUGAUGAGUACAAACAUAUGCUCUGUGUUGAGGCUGCUUGUGUAGAAAAAGCAAUCACUCUCAAACCUGGUGAAGAGUGGAAAGGAAGGCAGGAAAUAUCUGCAGUUCCUUCGAGUUAUUGCAGUGGCCAACUGGACCCCCGGAAAGUACUUUUAAAUCACUAGAAGAACGGUUCAGUUGCAUCUUCGUACAGGAUCUUUGAUGCGUUAAUGGUGCUGUCAUUCUCGCUCAGAUUUUCUUCAGGUUCAAGGGGGGGACUAUCUACAAAAUUGUCAAUGUCGCUUUUGGCCUUGAGUAUGUUCAGCUGCUUGGGGCAGAGAUGAAGUAGGUUGCUGAAAAAAGAACUUGGUAUUUGUAGAUCUGCCCAAAUUUUUCCUUUAGGAGAAUAGAACAUUGCAUCCCUAGAGGCAUAUAUCCUCUUUUAUUUGAAGUUUGAACUUUGAACACCCGUCCCUUAAAGUUAAUAGUAGUUGUAUAAUUUUGUUCUUAUUCUUUUAUUUGUUAACCUCAUUUCACCUGUUUAGGAAACAUUUCUCGGUUUUUUU